AUGUUGCUGAAAUAAUUUUAAGUUAAUAGGUAUUAUGUGGUGAUUCAUUAAAAAUUUGAGAUUCAUAAAUUAAUAAUUGGUUUAAAAAUUGAAAUAAUUGUUGUUGAAGACGCAAUAAUAAAAAAUGAAUUAGUAAAAUAUAGAUUCUUAAGAAGGGAUAUAACACUGUAAAUGCACAGAUAACUAGUGUGUUGA